AUGACCCAGCGCACUAAGUUCAUUAUAAAUACCUCAGUUGAAUAUUUUGCAGCGCGCAUUCCAGGCACGGAAUUGGAUGAGCAAACAGCGACUAUAUUGGAGUUUCUAGAGCAGGAGGAGCACACGGUUAUCUCGGCCGUGCAUAAUAAAUCCGAUGGCAAAAUCAAAUUUCAGCAUCGCAUACCCAACGAGGAAGUCUGUUUGCUUUUCUACAAGGUGCCGCAGGUGGGGCAAGCUGCAGCAGCAGCGGCUGCUGGUGCUGUUGGAGGCGCCGGUGGUGGUGGUGAGCCACUGUUGGGCAUAUUAACACUGGAGGGUGGCCUGGUUAAAUCCAUUUACAAUUCCGUUUCACGUGUCUUUUCUCCUCAUGCCACAGCACGUCGCAGCGAUUUUAGUCCUGAGCUUAGCGGCUUGCUUGAGAAUCUACAUGUGUCGUUGGGCUCAAGCUUGGGAUUGCCGCAGAGUGGCAUAACUAGCAUUAAAGACGAAAUUAAAUACUGGAAACAAAAACUAAGUCAAAAAUCAAGCUCACGCCUAGAUCGCGAAACAGCGCAAGUGUUUAUAGGCGUGCUAGAGAACAUAGACAAGAAAAUCAGCUCUAUUAAUAAUGCCAAUAGCGCUAGCAAUCGCAUUGAAGAGUUCCUUGAUCAUGCGCAUAAUAGUCUAGAUGAGCUCUGGCGUCUGCCUUAUAAUUAUCCUCAACAGCGCAUGGCUGAUCUGCUGGAUAUCAUGGGCAAAUCCUUGCUGGAGGCGUGUCUGGGACAGCUUAUGGGCGAAGAUAUAUGGAGUUUGAAUUCUUAUCAUGUUAACAAUUUGAUGAGCCAGUGCAUGGAUACAGUGGAUGCCUGGAUGCAGCUGUGUGACUCCUUGACUAGAUUAUUUUGGCCUAACUAUGUGAAGCAUCCUUGGGUGGGCGAACCGUAUGUGCCACGUCGUGGACAACAGUUUAAGGAGCGACUGGCAGAGAUUAGAAACAUAAAACAAUUGUAUAAACAAAUUGCAACGCUGCUUAAUGAUGCGGAGCUGCAGGAAAUGUUUGAGGAGCAGGCGGGAUUCAGUGACUUCAACAUCUUUGAUACAUCACCCACGGGUCAAGCCAAAUGGACCAAAGCGCUGCAACAUUUCGAGCAAGUGCUGCAGCCCAUAGAUGAGCGCAUUGCCGCCGCUUUAAAGGCACAACUGCAUCAUCAUCUGAGCAAUCCACGCCAGGUUAUAUUUAUAUUCUCCAAAUAUGAAACUUUAAUACAAAGACCUGCUGUAUUGGAGCUGCUUACUAUUGAAAGGGAACAGUUUUUGCAAUCACUGCAGCUGCUGUUGCAGGAUCUACGCAAAGCUAUGACGGACACCAAUAUGGAACCAGAUUCGGGUCAUUUGUCGGUCAUUUGCAAUGAAUGCCGCUGGUUGAAGGUGGUACAAUAUCAAAUACAGGAAAUAGAAAAGGUUAGCCACUUGAUAAGCGGACGCGAUGGCUUUGAGAAAAUCAACAAAGCUGUGCAGGAAAUUAAAGAGGAAACUGAAUCGCUAUUGCGCACAAAUUUUGAAAUAUGGUCAGGACAAUGCUCAACGGCGGUGAAGAGCGGGGAGUUGAGACUUCGUGAUGAUCAGGCAGUGGUUAAGUUUGAAAAGGAAGGUCGCCAGCUAAUGCGCGUUACGUUUAAUCCCAAAUUGGUAACCUUUUGUCAGGAUGUGCGCGAAUUUGAGAAUCUUGGCUACAAUGUGCCGUUAGAAUUGCGCGCAGCGGCUACACAUGCCGCCAAAUAUAUGUGCUACGCGCGAAGAUUGCAACAAAUUGCAACAUUUCAUAAUACAAUAGGCGAUCGCAUGAUACCCUGCCAGCGUCCCAUAAUGUUGAAGAAUGCGCUGGAGCUGCAGCGACUGGUGCAGAGCGAAACGGUGGCGUGGCAGGAUGAGGCGUCAGUGCAACGUUACGUCAACAUGUUGCAAGCGGCAGUGUCCAAGCUUUCAGCGGAUAAUACGUUGCUAGUGGGAUAUCAUGAGCAAGCCAAGCGCACAGUGCUGAAACUAAUGAAUACAGAUUUGCUAACACAAAACCAAGUGUGGAAAGAUGAGCUGCGGCAUUUGCGUGAGCUGGUGGCAACGCUAGAGCGUCAAGGCUAUAUACAUUUGGAUGCCUUUAAGCUGCACUGGGAUCAUCAGCUAUACAAAGUGCUGGAAUAUCAAUAUAUAUUGGGAUUGCUGGAUAUGAACAAUAAGCUGCCUGAAAUACAUAUAAAGCUAGUGCUGCGUCAGCGACAGCUAUGCUAUAGUCCACCAGAGGAGGAAAUACGAGAUGCGUACUUUGCGCAGCUGCGACGCUUUAUAGAGCGUCCCUGCAGCUUUCAUGGACUAAGCGAGCAAAGCACCAGCUUGUUUCAAUCGAUGGUAACGCUAAAUCGUCAACACUUUGGCGCGCUAUAUGCGCGUGCAGCUGAACUUUUUACUAAGCUAGAGGAAUACAAGCGCAUAUGGCUGCCUUGGAUAGCGCUGGGCUGUGUGGACAUAGACGAGCUGUGCAGCAUGCAUCUGAAUGAAGCGCAGCAUUGGGACGACAAUUUUCGUGCCUGCAAACAGUUUAGUCAGCAGCUGGCGCGACUGCAACAAACUGAAACAACUAUUGACUGCUUUGUUAUUAAUUUGCAGUCGCUGCGGCAGGAUAUAGAGCAGCUAAGUCGACGCUAUUGGGAGGCGCUGGCUAGCAGUCUGCGCGCUUCAAUCUUGCAACAUGUAGAAACAAUACAACAAUUUUUGCAGAAUGCGCUGCAAUUUUUACAAAAUGUGCCGCUGGAGGAGAGCAGCAUAAGUCAAAGUGGCAUGAAGUAUGAGCAGUUGAAAAGCGAGCUGCCUACAAUAGCUGCAAGUUUGGAGCUGGUGCGUCAAAAGGAUGCAUGCCUUGCAGGCUGGUGCAAGGAGCGUGUAAGCGCAUUGGCUCCGCUUAUGCUGCAGUGGGAGCAGCUGCAGCCGCUGCUGGAAAAUCAUGCGGUAAUACUACAAAGACAAGUGGACAUGUUGAAAACACAAUCGCAAACGCAGCUGCAGAAUUUGAAAGCAGAAGCAGAGAAAUUUUUGCUGCGCUGGGAAGCAACCAUAGCCGAACUGGAAGCCAAUGAGCAUGCAACGCUGGAGCUUUAUCAAGAGCGUCGCGCGCAGUGGACGCAGCUGCGUGGCAAGCAGCAGCAGCUGCUCGAAGACUGUGGCAAGUUCAAUAUGUGCUUUGCCGAAUCAGAGCUGGCAAGCUUUGAGGCCAUAGAUAAGCAGCUGGAAAGUCAAGCUGCUGCUUGGCAGCUAUACGAACAAUUUCUGGGCGAGCUGCAACCCAUACUAGCUGAGGAUUGGGCUAUAUACCGAAGAAGACCUUAUAUGUUGAAUGAAUUUCUAGCACGCUGGGAAACUUCAGUGCAUGCUUCAAUAGAUUUGCCCUCGCAGCGCAUACGCGCGCAGCUGGAGCGUCUACAGUCUUCGCUGCCUAUAUUGCAACAACUACAAUCGGAUGCUUUAAGUGAACGUCACUGGGCGCGCAUUUUUCAGCUGCUGCAGCAAGCUGUUAAACCUUUUCAUUCUAUAGUGCUAGCAGACAUACUAACUGAUCUUAAUGCAUUGCAACAAGCGGGCGCUGAUAUUGCCAAUUUGGUUAGACAAGCGGGCUCAGAGCAAAUUGUGCGCCAAGCUUUAGUGGAGCUCGAUCAAUGGUCAGUUACAGCGCAACUUAAGCUUAUAGAGCGCAAGGAUGCUGAGGGUCAAGCCGUAACGCUUAUAAAGGAUUACCAGGAGGUGCUUAAUAAAAUUGGCGAUAAUCAAUCGCUGCUGCAGUCGGCCAAGAAUUCUGCUGCUUUUGACAGCUUUUCAGAUCAGGCAGAGCUCUGGGAAAGUCGCUUGAAUACGCUGGACAUGCUGCUGAGCAGCUUAAAUCAUUCACAAAGGCGUUGGGUCUACUUGGAGCCUGUUUUUGGCGCUGGCACACUGCAGCAGGAGCAAGCUCUAUUCAAACGCAUUGACAAGGAUUUUCGCUAUGUCAUGCGUGAAAUACAAAUGGAUACGCGUGUAACUUCGCUGCUAAAGAUUAACAACAUUAGCACAAUUGUUAAUACGCUUGAAACACAAUUGGCGCGUUGCCAGCAGAAUUUAAUGAGCUAUAUAACAGACAAACGCAAUUCCUUUCCGCGUUUCUAUUUUCUGGGUGAUGAUGAUCUGCUGGAGCUGCUGGGUCAAGCAGCCAAGGAUGCGGACAUUAUACAGCGACAUAUACGUAAAUUGUUUCCGGGCUGCCAUAGUCUGGGCAUAAAGCCGGCGGCAAGUGAGACCGCUAAUCAUAGCAUAAUCUCUAUGAAGAGCGCUGAGGGUGAUGAGCUGCGUCUUAGGCAAACAGUGCAGAUGACAGGCGAUAUUGAGAGCUGGCUCAAUCAGCUGGUGCUGGGCGUGCAGGAGACGCUGCGUGAGCAAAUCUACGAAUGCUAUAGCCACACAACAGGCGCCAGCGAUAAUCUGAAUGAGCAGCUACUCGGACAAUAUGCUAGCCAAGUGUUGGCCACAGCACGCGCUUUGCAUUUCACACGCCAGACAGAGAAGGCAAUAGGCAGCGUGACGUUGGCAAAGCUGCAACAGCAACUGCAAGCGGAAAUCACACACUUGGCCAUUUUGAAGCAACGUGCUGGCCAUAGCAGUUUGAUGAGCUUAAAGCUGCGCGCGCUGUUGUUGGAUUUGGUGCAUUAUCGCGGCGUGGUGGAGCAGCUGCAGCAACAGAAUGUGACCAAGCCAAGCGACUGGCCGUGGUUGAGUCAACUGCGCUAUUAUCUCGAUGACAAGCGACAGUUGUGGGUGCGCAUGGUUUAUGCUGAAUUUGCAUAUGCCUAUGAGUUUCUUGGCCAGGCCAAUAAGCUGGUGCAUACACGUCUAACACACAAAUGUUAUCUCAUACUCACACAGGCCAUGCAUAUGGGUUUGGGUGGUAAUCCGUUUGGACCAGCGGGCACGGGUAAAACUGAAUGCGUCAAGGCAUUGGGCGGCAUGCUGGGACGCCUAGUCCUCGUCUUCAAUUGUGAUGAGAAUGUGGACACCGAAUCGAUGAGCCUAAUCCUUACUGGUCUCGCUCGUUGCGGCGCUUGGGGCUGCUUUGAUGAGUUCAAUCGGCUGCAGGAGGCAACCUUAUCAGCCAUAUCCAUGCUCAUACAGCCCAUACAAACGGCGCUUAAGGACAAAGCUGUUGCAGUGCAAAUUGGCGAGCGUAAGGUGCAACUGAAUCAACACUGCGGCAUCUUUGUUACCCUGAAUCCCUCGGGCGGCGCAUACGGCGGUCGGCAGAAGCUGCCGGGCAACAUACAGGCAUUGUUUCGUCCCAUUGUUAUGCAGCAACCGGAACCGGAGGAUAUUGCACGUGUGAUGCUAUUCGUGGAGGGCUUCAAGGCAGCCGCAGACAUUGCCGCGCGCAUUGUGGAGCUCUUUGAGCUGUGCGGCAAAAUGCUUUCGGCGCAGCGUCAUUACGAUUGGGGAUUGCGUGAAUUGAAGACUGUGUUGCUCUUUUGCGGCGAGGGUGCGCAAACGGUGGCGCCACCUAGCGAGCAAUUGGCUAAUGAUGAGCUGCGCAUUGUCGUGAAUUGUCUGCGCUCCAGCACAAUGUCCAAGCUGGCGCAGCAGGAUGUGCAGCGUUUCGAAAUGUUGUUGCAAAAUGUAUUUCCGGAAAUUGGCGACGCAGCGGUAGCUGCCACACCGUUGCACGAAGCACUCAGCGCUGCCUUUGGGCCGCUUGGCCUCAGCGUCAGUCACAAACAAAUCGAAAAGGCAUUACAAUUGCAUGAGCAGCUGCAAAAGCGCAUGGGCGUUGUUUUAGUCGGUCCGCCGGGCUGUGGCAAGUCCACCAUAUUGGCGCUGCUGCGUCAAGCGCUGAGCUCGACUCAACUGCGAGUGCACACCAUCAGUCCCAAGUCGAUGAGUCGUGUACAGCUGCUGGGACGUCUCGAUACGGACACCAGGCAAUGGCUGGACGGCGUGCUCACCCACACGGCUGUGCUGGUGAAUCAGGAGCCGUCGCAUGUGCACUCCUGGAUUGUCUGCGAUGGCAGCAUUGAUCCCGAGUGGAUUGAGGCGCUCAAUUCGGUGCUGGAUGAUAACAAAACUUAUGGCGAUUUAUUGCAAAGUUAUAUAGAUGCUAAUUUUAAAGUAGCGCUGGAAUGGCUGGAGACACAAAAUCUGCUGAGUCAAAUGCCUGGCAUAAGUCGCGUUAGUCUGUUGCGCUCACUGCUGCUGCAGCUGCAUGACACCCAAACUAUUGAGGAAUAUGGCGCUGCCACUUUGCGUGCGCUGCUUGGUUACAUACCCAACGAACUGCAGCAGCAGUUUGCGCUGCAAGUGCUGCAACAUGCAAAUGUUUAUGUGGCACAAGCAAAUCAUGCGGAGCUGAGUUACUACGAAAGGCGACGCGGCGCGCUGGAGCAGUUCGAUGUGAGCCGCAUAGAGCCGCCCGAGCAUGGCAGUCAGCUCAUUAAAACAGCUUACAUUAAGUCAUAUUUGUGUACAAUAGACAGUUUGUUAAGUGGAGCUGCCACGCCUUUUAUGCUGCUGGGUCCCAGUGGUGCAGGCAAAACGCUGCUGCUGCAACAAGCGCUGCUGGAGCAUUCGGGCUAUCAGCUGGCCACCAUCAAUUGCUCCACACAGCUAACACCGAGCUAUGUGCUGCAUACGCUUAAGACGCACUGCGUCAUUGUCAGCGGCAUGCGUGGACGCGAAUAUAAACCGAAGCAGGCACGUCUGGUGCUUUUUAUGAAGAAUCUGGAACUGUGUCAACUGGACGCCUGGGGCGCUUGCGAGAUUGUUGAGCUGCUGCUGCAGCUGGCGCAACGUGGCGGCUUCUAUGCGGACAAUCUGGAGUGGAUUAGCGUGCAUGGGCUGCAGUUGUGUGCCUCCAUUAGUGGCAAUCUGUUGAAAAUUGCGCCCCGCUUUAUGGCCAUCAAUCAAUUUGUACGCAUUGCGCGUCCAACGCCAAACGAUAUGCUGGCCAUAGUUCAAUGUCGCCUCGAGCCUCUGCUGCAAACACAUUUUCAACGUUCAACGCACAUCAAUUUGCAGCAUGCCAGCGAGUGUCUGAUGGCGUGCUUCGAACAGUUGCAAUCAACUUUCGUUGCAACGCCUGCUCAGCUGCAUUAUCAGUUUAGUCCCAAGUUUAUUAUGAAGCUACUGGAUGCUUUGGUCUUUUAUCCUGCUACUGAUUUCAAUGAGGCCUUGUAUUGUGAACUCUUGAGCAUGUUUAAGGAUCGUUUGAUUAGCGAUGAGCAUGUGCAGCUCUUUGAAAACAUUUUAAAGCAAACUAUGCGCAAAUAUUUUGGCAAGGAGAAAAUCUACUUUGUGCCCAAAUCUCCCAAGUCUAAGGGUCAAUUGCAUGGGCUAGCGCAUGAUGAAUGGCUGGAGGAGGUGCAGCGACAAAUUACUAUAUGCAAUGCUGAAACUUAUAGCAUAGCAGCGCCUAUAACUGAAGAGCUGCUGCAGCAAACAGCGAAGCUGGCGCGCGUAUUAAGCCGCAGCGAUGCGCAUUUGUUGAUACUGGCGCAGGCAGCUGGACGCCAUUUGGAUGCGCUUUAUGCAGUUGCAAGCUUGCAGCAAGCAAAGAUACAAACGCUGCAAGGUGGCGCAAGCUAUGGACUAAGUGAUUUCUAUAAUGAUUUGAAGCUGGCAAUGCAAACAGCAGCGCUGGAGCAGCAGCUAACUUAUAUGUUAAUAGAACAAUGCUGGCUUGACUAUGUGCCGGAUAUACUAAAGCCCAUAGAGGCGCUGCUGGAGGGCAGUGAAAUACUGGAGCUGUUUGGUGAGGAUUUGGAGUCGGUGGCAAGCACGUUGAAGCAAGCAGCGCAGCUGGAGGGCUAUCAGGAGUCGCUGGGCGCGUAUUUUAUGAAGCGUGCACGCGAGCAUUUGCAUUUAGUGCUGGUGCUAGAUCCUGCGAGCGCAGCUAUAGCGGAAUACUUCAGCAGCUGUCCAGCGCUUUAUAGACAAAUGCAUGUGCUAUAUAUACGCGCUGAGUCAAAGGAAACGCUGCAGCUGCUGCCUAAGCAGUACAUAGAGCUGCUCAAUGAGACGCACCUGGGCACAGGACGUGGCAAGGUGCCUGUAUGCAGUCAUUUUGGCGAUAUAGCGGAGGAUUUGCCUGCAGCGCAGCCAGCGCAGCGUUAUUAUCAGCUAAUCAACAGCUAUUACUAUCUAUAUAGUCAUGCAGCAGCUGAAAUAGAAGCGCGUUUAACAAAACUGCAGCUGGGCGUGGAUAAAUUAGCGUCAGCGCAUGCGCUUGUGGGCACGCUAAAGUCCAAUGCAGCGCUGCAGGAGCAAGCGCUGGGCGAGAAGCGGCAGCUAGCAAAUGAUGCGCUGCAAAUGAUUUCAGCUACAAUGCAUAAUGCAAAUGAACAAAAGACAAAUAUGCUGGAUUUGAAACAGCAAACGCAGCAGAGCAGCGAACAGCUGAAGCUGCGACAGCGUGAAAUACAAAAGGAGCUGGCGGAAGUGGAGCCAAUACUAGCAGAAGCAAGCAAUGCAGUUGGACAGAUUAAAAGUGAAGCGUUGUCGGAAAUAAGAUCGCUGCGUGCGCCGCCUGAGGCAGUGCGUGAUAUACUGGAGGGCGUGCUGCGUCUAAUGGGCAUACGAGAUACAAGCUGGAACAGCAUGAAAACAUUUCUGGCAAAGCGUGGCGUUAAGGAGGACAUACGCUCGCUGGAUCCAGCGCAUAUAAGUCCAGAGAAUUGUCAAGCUGUUGAACGCCUGUUAGCUGCUAAGUCAGAUUCAUUUCAGCCUGCAAAUGCUAAGCGCGCUUCGGCGGCAGCAGCGCCGCUUGCUGCUUGGGUGCAGGCCAGCGUGCGUUAUGCGCGUGUUAUACAAAGCAUUAAGCCGCUAGAGCGUGAGCAGAGCGAGCUGCAAACGAAUUUGAGCCGAGCCGAGCAGGAAAUGCAGCAGCUUGCAAGCGGUUUGGAUGAUGUGGACAAGCGCGUGCAGCAGCUAAGCGCCAAGCUGCAAACUUAUACACAGGAAGCAGCAGUGCUGGAGCUAAAGCUGCAGCAAGCAAGCAGCACGCUGCAGGCAGCGGAGCUGCUUGUAGGCAAACUAAGCGCGGAGUAUGCCACAUGGAGUGAGCAGCUGACGCAGCUUAAACGCGCGCAUAAAACUUUGGAUGCCAAAACGCUGCUGUUAGCUUUAGCUAUUAACUAUUAUGCUGAUUGCAGCUUGGAGCAGCGCAGCGCUGCUUUGCUUGCCUUUGCCAAGGAAUUUCAGCUGCCUGGCUAUGAGCUGCGCGCCACGCUGCUCAGCGAGCAGCAGCAGAUUAUAUGGGAAAGUCAAGGACUUGCGCGCGAUGCGCAGAUUAUCGAAAGCGCUGCUUUGUUAAUGGAAAUGCUGCGUUUGCCCUACGGCAGCUGCGCUGUGCCGCUUAUACUCGAUCCUACGCAAACUGCAGUCACUUGGCUAUGCGCGCAGCUGCGCGCCAGCGGACGCGCUAGCGAGUUGACUACACAAUCAAAUGAACGUCUUUGCUAUCAGCUGGAGCUUGCUGUGCGCUUUGGCAAAGUGCUGCUGGUGCAUGACUGCGAGCAGCUGCGUCCGCCUUUAAUGGAACUGCUGCAGUGUCAUGUCUAUGUCAACUAUAAUAAGCGUCAACUAGCUGUGGGCAAUAAGCUUGUCGAUCUACAUGAGCAUUUUCAGUUGGUGUUGAUAAGCAAAUCACAGCGCUGGCAACAGCUGCCGCCGGAGCUGCGUGGACAACUUAGUCUGCUGCGCUUUACAGUCACAGCCAAGGGUCUGGCAGAUCAGCUGCUAAGCAAAGCUAUAGUGCUGCAAAAUGCACAGCUGGAGCAGCAGCGCAUUGCUUUGCUGCAGCGCGAGGGUGAGCUGCUCAAGCAGCGCAUGGAGCUGCAGGAUAAGCUGCUGGAGCAGCUAUCCAAAGCUGAGGGCGACAUACUAAAGAAUGAGCCGCUGCUUGGCAGCUUAAACGAAGUGAAACGCAGCAGCGCUGAAAUUGAUGCUGCACUAGAGCAAAGUGGACAAGUCAAGCAAACGCUGCUCGCUGAGUUUAGCAAGUUGCAUGAACUUUGCUCACAGGCAGCGGAUUUCUAUACUGGCCUCAGUCGUGGCUAUGAGCUGUCCGCUCUAGUCUACAUAGAACUCUUUCUAAGCGUGCUGCGCCAACAGCAGCAGCAGCAGCAGCAACAACAAUUAAUUUAUAAGCAACUUGUGCGCAGCGUUUAUUUGCACUUGGCACGUGCCACGCCGCAUGAGCAGCAACUAACGUUGGCUUUGUUUCUAUGUCGCCAGGCCUUUAAGCAUUCUAUUGCGGAUAAGGAAUGGGAGCUGCUGCUCAAUAAUUUCAUGGGCAGCGCUGAUGGCAGCACACAGCUCAGUGGUCUGCCCGAUUGCAUGAGACGUGAGGCUCAAUUGAAGCUUGGACUGUUGCUGCAACAGCUGCCGGAGUUGCAUGCGCAGCUGCAGCUGGAAAAGGAUUAUGUCUGGCGUGGAUUUAUUGAACAGCAAACGGAUGAUGUGCUGCCUGCCAUCUCGUCACCAUUUCAACGCGUGCUUAUAGCACAAAUCUUUCGACCUGAUCUAAUGCUUGCCCAACUACGUUACGCCAGCAGCCAACUGCUGGGCAUAACAGCUGAGGCCAUCACCCAGCCGAGCGUGCAACAGCUGCUGGAGCAAAGCAAUGCUGCAACACCCAUACUAAUGAUAAGUCAACCUGAGCUGGAUCCAUCAAUGGAGCUGCGUGGCUUGGCGCUGAAGCAAUGGGGUGAGCAGAAAUAUCAAGAGCUGGCUAUAGGGCGUGGCAGUGAGGCGCGUGCAUUGCAAGCAAUGCGGCAGGCAGCGGCGCAAGGCCAAUGGCUGUGCAUAAAGAAUGUGCAUCUAGUGCCGGAAUGGCUGGAGCAGCUGGAAGCGGAGCUAGCGCAGCUGCAAAAGUCGCCAGACUUUCGACUUUGGCUGCUGUGUGAGUCGACGCAAGGAUUUAGCGAGGCGGCGGUAUACAAAUGCCUCAAAGUGCGUUAUGAGCAGCCGCGUGGACUGAAGCAGCAGCUGCGACGCAUGCUACAAAACUACGCCGGACUGCAGCCGGCGGAUGCAAUAAACAAACAGCAUGCCAAGUGUUUGAAAAUGCGAUUGGUGCUAUUUCUGUUGCAAGCGGUGCUGCAACAGCGUCGCUGUUAUAUACCACAAGGCUGGAGCAAGUACUACGAGUUCGGUGAGGCGGAGCUGCGUGCAGCGCUGGGCGUGCUUAGCUGGCUGGAUGCACAGCUGGCGAGCGGACGUUGCGAUUGGCUGGUGUUGCAAAGAUUAUGCGAAGCUUUAGCCUAUGGCGGGCGCAUGAACAAUCCGCAGGAUGUGCAAAUACUGCAAAGUUAUUUAAGCAAAUUUUGUAAUGCCGAAGUGCUAAGCAAUCGCUGGAUGCCGCUUAAUCUAGGCUGCACCCUGCCCACCAGUUCACAGCUGCAGGAUUACUACAGCGCGCUGGAUAAGCUGCCCGAGCAGGAUGAGCCAGCACUUUAUGGUUUAGCAAGCGCUGCACAGCAGCAGCGCGAGCUGCAGCAAGCCAAGCAGCUGUUGCAACAAUUGCGUGCACUACACUAUGGCGCUGCUCGAUUGGCCACGCCCAGCUCCAACAAACAGCAGCUGGAGCUGCAAGUCAAACCGCUGCUGAGUCUUUGGCGCAAGCUUGCAGCCAAUUGUAGCAUAGCUCAGUCUGCUAAGCAAGCGACUGCUGCGUCGGCAGCCACGCCCACAGCUUGGUUGCUGUUUGUGCUGGCUGAGCUGCAGCUGGGCGCUGCGCUUUAUGACCAAGUGCAUCAGCUGCUUUGCCUGCUGCACAGCUGGCUGAAGCAGCAGCAGAGCGAGAGCGCAGUUGCCACAAUGCCAGCAGAAUUGGAUGCACAGACGUUGGCGGCAUUGGCGGAACAGCAGGUUCCGCCCAGCUGGCAAGCUCUUUGGCCUGGUCCCAGCUCCCACAGCGCUGUGGAUUAUCUACGCGCCUUGAUGCUACGCGCUGCCGCAGCGGAGCAGCGUUAUCAGCAGCAACAACAUUUGCAAUUUGCUGAAGAAAUUGAUUUAAAGCAAGUCUUUAACUGUGAGAAUCUGUUGGCCUGCCUGAAGUUGCAGCAGGCGCACAAAUUAGGCGUCUCCACGCAGCAGUUGCAACUGCGCUGCGUUGCAGCAAAUCCUGCAGCGCUUACAUUGAAGCUGGCGCCACUUAAGCUCGAUGGCGAUACACAAACUCCCAAAACAGUGCAGACGCCGCCAUUUUAUAUAACUUAUAAACAAAUUGCUGAGCCUGCAACACAAGCAAUUGACAAUAAAUAUAAUAAAAUUGAUCAAUUUGCGGGCAGUCGACAGAACUCAAUUUCUUUAAUCAGUUUGCCGCUGUACAGUCGCGCCAGUCGCGAUAAACUCAUUUGCCAUCUUGAAAUGGAAUUGUUUGGCUCGACGGCGGAGCAGGUUCUUCUAGCGGGCACUGCACUUAUCGUGGAUGAUUACUAAGUUGAUUUUUAUAAUCGGAAUCAUCAUCCCAACAGGCCAGCUCAACGGCAUAAACGAAACCACAUAAACCCAAAUAUAAAUAACAAAUAAAAAUUAAACAAUAAAGCAUUU